UCCUAGUAUUUUGAACCCUGUGACAGACACCUUGUAGGCUUGUAGCGUGAGCGAAGGUGCACGUUAGCUUCAAGAAGAAGCUCGUCCAGACUUGGCAUUACUCAGUAAUGGCGAGUGCGCAUUGCGCUACCAUCUCCUUCCUCCUACCUUUUGCUAAGGCCACCUCCACCCGUAGAAAACCACUGGUAUUUUCUCAUAUUUCCACUCCAUCUCCAUCCAAAUUCACCAAGAGAAAAAACUAUCUCCGCCCAAAGCUUCUCAAAACCCUAAAAAUAAUAACGCCUCUCAUUCCCCAAGAGUCCCUCACAAAUCCCAUUAUUCCCACUGAGUCGUCCCCCCAUGAACAACAACCCGAGAGUCCCUCCGACCAAUUUUCCGGUAAUUCUUGCCCUAACUUUGCCGAAGAAGAGCCUAAAGAGUCGGAGUCGGUGUGGAGUGAAAUUCAAUUCUCCGAAAGCUCAGACUCUGCCGGAGUUUUGGAGGGUAGUGUUCGUAAUUUUUCUACAAGGUCAGUCCUUAAAUUUGGGUUGUAUUUGGUUGGAGCUUUUGUGUUUCAGACCAUUUGUGCUGUUUUGUUAUUUGGGUCAGCUGAUUCUGACCAUAAAGAUGGGAAUUUCGAUGGUGAAGAUAAAACUAGGGUUUUAGAAUUCGGAAUGAAUCCAACCUGUAAAGGAAAAUCGAACUUUGUUGUCAAUGGAAAAUUGGGUUCUAAACAAGUUGGGAUUAUAGACAUGGAUGAGUCUGAACUGGAAAAGAAAAUUGUUGAAAUUCGAGAGAUGGCGAGAAAAGCAAGAGAGAGCGAAAGGUUGGGGUCAAAGGUCGAUGCAUUGAAUGAUGGCAUUGAAGAGGAGGUAGAUAACCGGUUAGUCAAGUUACGAAAGAGGUUGGAAAAUGAUAGUGGAAAGUUGGUGGUGUCCUCUAUAAGUGAUUUGAAUAAGGAUGUUAAGGUAGAAGAUGGGAUUGAUAAAGAUAGUUUGGAUGCAAAUGAGGCUUAUAGGACAUUGAUGUUUAAGAAGAAGUACAAAUUUAAGGGUCCAUCACCUCAACCAGCCAACAAACCCAAAGGUUUUCAGGGUUUGAAAAAUGGUGCUACUAAGAUAGAAAGCAGUUCUAUUUCAGCUAGUGAAGAUCAAAUGAACGAGCAGCACGGCCUGGCAAAUGAUAAAUUGCUGAGAAAUAAUUCUACCUCUAUGGAGGAAGAUGCUGGAAAGAAACCAUCAAUGGAAGAGUUAAAAUCUUCACAAACUCAAUGGAGGAAGUCGGUGAAGAAAAGGGGGACUGCAAAUUUGGGAAAGAAAGCGGGAGUUGAUAUUAGCGAAUCAAGGAAUGGUGUUGUGCAGGAGAGAAGUCGGCCCUCAGUGGAAAUUGUGGAAUUGACCAAAUCAAGCAAGUUGGAGGCACAUAAUUCGCAGUUUUCCGCAAAAGAAAACCUGGACACUGCCACAACAUCCAACAAGCCUGAUGUGUUAAGUAGAUGUGGUGGUUCGAGGAGUAAAGAAAUUGGAAGACGAGCAGCAGGCCAAACCAGGAAUAAUAAAUCACACUCUCAGACUGAUUUGUGGUGGUGUAGUCUUCCUUAUGUUCUGGCUAUUCUGAUGCGGAGAGGUCACGAUGGUGUAGGACCACAGGGUCUAUUUACCUUAAAGAGCACCUCUCGCACCAAAGACGAGGAUGACUCAUCUCAUAUUGUUGCUUUUGAAGACCGCGGCGAUGCCACUAACUUCUGUUAUCUCCUACAAUCCUUUUUCGAAGAUCUGGGAGAUUUUAGCGUCGACAUUGUUCCUGUAUCAACAAAUGAACUCGUUGAUGAUGUAAAAUCAAAUGCUGUGAAGGUAAUUGUCGUGAAGAAGGGGCAACUUCAGCUUUAUGCCGGACAACCAUUGGCUGAUGUUGAGAUGGCCUUGCUCUCUUUAGUUUGUUGAAGUGCUUAUACACCAUAACAGAGGCAGGAUGUGAAAAGAUGCUUCUCACUGGGAGUUCCUUCAUCAGUUUAACAUGUUCUUAUAAAAGGUGGGAUCAUCAAUGCUGAUAUUGUUGAGUUAGUAUGGUUUGGAGAGGCAAUUUUUUUUAAAUUUAUUUUUAAAUUUAUUUAUUUUUUUAUAAUGAAAAUAAUCAUGUAUAGAUUAAAUGUUAGGUCUAUAUCAAGUCCCCCCUCCCAGGACCUUCCUGUAGCGGGACUAGGACUGGGUAAUGUCUCUUUAAUCAUGUUUAGAUCCCUAGUCAUCACAAACAGUCAAACAGCAUGAAGCAUGUAGUUACCACUUGUGAAAACUAGAUUUGUUUUGGUAAAACCCAUUUAGUGAAAGGUUAAUUUUUUUCA